GUCAUGUACCUCGUGUCCUCAGCCAGCGCAGUUAGUAGUGAGGGUACAUUCAGCUGGCGCGCAUGUGGCAAACACUGGAUUGUACCUCGAACCUCCGUUCGAGGGCGUCGUUGGCGAAUUGCUAGAGACGAGAGUCGGACGCACUCUAUGUUGGGCAAAUAGAAUGGACGGCCUCCAGCCUCAAUCCACCCUUCUCCACUUCUCCGCCAUAGAAUGGCCAGCUGAGGUUGGUUGGUCUGAGCACUGAAUGAGACCCUGUUGCAACCACCAUCCCCCUCCUCCCCGAGUGAUACGCCCUCCAAAGAAUAGAGCCGUGACCGACGACGAGCACACCUUCAUGGUCUCACGGUGAAGUGUAUCCCAGCGCGGAAACCCACACAACCAUGCCGCACGUCAUCACCACCUCGCCGCACAAGGACAUCGAUGUACCCGACUGCACGCUCCCUCAACUCCUCUUGAUACCCUCCUUCUCCAAAGCCGCAUCUGAUCGCCUCUCCCAGCCUAUCUUCCACCCGUCUCCCAUCGCGCCGCGGGUCUUGGCCACGCGCAACGGCAAAGAUGCUCCGCUGUCGCACUUGCAAAUCCGAUCCAUCGCCGAGCGCGUCGCAGUAUCGCUCCUCUCCUCCGCAUACCACCACGGCGCCGCGGUCGUGCAGCCAAAAUGGCAAAAAGGCUACGUCGUUGCCUUUUUCAGCACCAACCAGCACGACUACUGCGCCGCCGUGCUCGGCGUCCAGAUGGCAGGCGGCAUCGCCGCGCUGUGCAACCCCUCGUGCACGCCGCGUGAGCUGGCGCAUCAGCUACGCAUGACAAAGGCCUGCAUCAUCAUCGCCGCGGAUGAGACGUUCGACUCUGCCUCAGAAGCUGCCAAGCUGGCAAGCUCCAAGAUGGACCCCAGCGAAGAGCCGCUCGAGGAGAUUGUGCAGCCUCAGAUCUUCGCCUUUGACGAAUCACACCACGCAAGCUGGGCUGACACCCUGCUCACGCCGCCAAAGAGCGCUUGGGCGCGCAAGGAGAAGCUCCUGGGCCAAGUCGACAUCAACCCGUACAAGGACCCGGCGACGUACUGCUUCAGCUCGGGCACCAGCGGCUUGCCCAAGGCGCUCGCGCUCACGCACCGCAACCUUGUCGCCAACGUUCUCCAGUUCCGCGUACUGAUGGACGACCAAUUCGAGCAACACAUGUCCUCCUCCUCCCCUUCCAGCCCACCCGCGAGCCAAUUCCACAUCGAUAUUCUCCCUACGUCCCACGCUUACGGGCUUCUUGCACAGCUCGUCGCGCUGUACACAGGCACGCCACGCGUCGUGCUUGCAAGAUUCAAGCUGGACCUCUUCCUUCAAGUUGCGCAAGACAAGAAGGUGACGUUUGUAUUCGUCGUCCCACCAGUCUUGCUCGCACUCGCCAAGAGCCCAGAAGUAGACAAGUACAAUCUGACGUCGCUUAGGCGCGUUGCGUCUGGUGCCGCGAGUCUGCCUCAUGAGCUCGCAAGACAAGUCAAACAGCGUCUCAACAUCGAUGUGACAGACGGAUACGGCAUGAGCGAGAUGAGCCCGAUCGUUUGUCUUCAGAACGUCAAGGAUGCGGCAGAGGCACCUGGUUCAGUCGGCUUCCUUGCUCCGAACACCAAGGCGCGCAUCUUGGGACCGGAUGGUCAAGACGUAGGACCUGACCAAGAAGGCGAGCUGCUGCUCCAGGGCCCGCAAAUGAUGGCUGGCUAUGUGCACAAUGAUGAGGGCAACCGGGCAGCAUUCACUUCCAAUCGCGACGAUCCGGACUGCUGGCUGCGUACGGGCGACAUGGCAAAGGUCAGCGAACAGGGGCACAUCACGCUGACAGGCCGCACAAAGGACAUAAUCAAGGUGAACGGCUUCCAAGUCUCGCCGAGGGAGCUGGAGGACCUGCUGUUCAAGCAGCCCAGCGUGGCUGAUGCGGCCGUCGUCGGCGCCACGGACGAUCAAGGCACAGAGAUUCCGUGGGCAUUCCUCGUCGCGAGCAAAGACGCGGCAGAGGUGCCGGAGAAGGAGCGGAGUGAGGCCAUCACAAAGGCGAUCAACGGCCAUGUUGCAGGCUACAAGAGGAUCAAGGGCAUCACAUGGGUCGAUGCGCUUCCCAAGAGUAAUUCUGGAAAGGUCUUGAAGCGAUUGUUGAAGACGCCUGCGUGA